AUGAGGAGCUCCCUGCACCAUCGCCAUGGCAACGGCUCGCCUCAGACGGUUAGCUCUAACAUCAAAGGUUCCCAAUCUUCUUUGUCAUAUCAUACAGAUAUGGCAGAUGAGGAGGGGGAUGUGGGACUGGACAUGCCCAGAGAAGGUGCUCUGAUCCUGGGCACAGAUCACAGUCCUCAGGCCCGGGUGAACCGCAUGGAGCAGCUUCUGGGUCUCAAUGGAUUUGAACCAUAG